AUGACGACAAAUACAACCUACGAUUCAAGUCGUGAUCUUCGACAUACUCGAUUAAUUCUUUUGUCUACACUUUUUUUCGUUGGUUUAGCUGGUUGUUCAUUAGUUUUAAUAUGGUUAAUACGUUAUACACGAUUUAAUAAACGAUCAGCUCGUAUAUGUACACUUAUUCUUAAUUUAAUUAUUGCCAAUGUAUCUGUUUAUAUAUUUGCUACUGGUAUACAAAUAUAUUGGGAACUUCAAACAAAUCGACAAUGGCCAUUUAAUGAUUUAGUUUGUCGAAUUGUAAAAUUUUUUCAAAGUUUUUCAAUACUUUCAUCAACAUAUAUUGUUGUUGCAAUGGCAAUUGAUCGUUGUAUUGCUAUAGUAACUCCAUUAAAAGCUGGACAAAUUCGUGUACUCUAUUUAUGUGGUGGUGCCUGGGUACUUGCCGGUCUCUUGUCAACACCAAAUGCAUUUCUAUUUCAUUUACAUGUCAAUGGUUCUGUUCGUUAUUGUACCGCUGUAUUUAAUCAUCAAUCAACUCCUACACUACGUCGUAUUUAUUUAACAUUUAUUUCACUGGUGGUCUACUUUAUGCCAUUUCUUGUUCUGGUCUUUUGUUAUGCAUUAAUUUUUGUUAAAUUAUUAUGUCGAGAACAUGAUCAACAAGAAUGGUCAACGAAUAAACAAUCAUCAUCAAAUUGUUGUUCAUCGUCAUGGAAAAAGAAAAUGAUAACAUUUACAAACAUAAUGAAUUAUAAAACCGUUAGAAAUUCAUCAUCAAGUCGUUCAUCGUUUAGUGAUUAUACUAUACGAUUAAAACGAAUAAAUACAUAUGCAAAAGCUCGAUCAAAAACAUUUCGUAUGAUUAUUGUACUUGUUCUAUUUAUGAUUUUAUUUGGUGCACCAUAUUAUUGUCUUGAAUUAUAUAUUGCUUAUACUGGUCGAAAACCUUCGGAUUUGAUACUAGCUUUAGCUGGUGGAGCAGCUGUAGCACCAUCGUCAAUAGAUCCAUGGAUAUUUCUUUUAUUUUGGGUUAAUUGGAAUGAACCAGUCAAUACGAAUAGUAGUCGACGAUUAAUUACAUUAAGUUUACAACAUCAACAGCAACAUAUUCAAUCGAGACGAAUAAAUCGAUCAACUACAUUAGGUGCAUCAUCAAUAAGUGAUCAACAAAAUCAUGGUAGUCCUCGUCAUGCAUCACGUUCAGCACCUUGCAUUAGAAAAUGGGAUGUAUCAUCACAAAAGUUAGAAAACUUAUGA